AAGAGUCGAGAGACGGCCUUGGAGGACAACUGAGGAUAGGGGAGAAGUGCCGCGGGACAGGUUGGAGACGAAGCCCCCUUGGGACCCGAUGCGACCCUUGCUGCGCAGAGCGCGGGUGAUGUGAGCAGAGCCCAGGAAUGCCUUAUGUGGACCGGCAGAACCGAAUCUGUGGGUUUCUGGACAUUGAAGACAAUGAGAACAGCGGCAAGUUCCUUCGGAGAUACUUCAUCCUGGACACACAGGCCAACUGCCUGCUCUGGUACAUGGACAAUCCCCAGAACCUGGCAGUUGGGGCGGGAGCUGUCGGAUCUCUGCAGCUGACUUACAUCUCGAAGGUGAGCGUAGCUACUCCAAAGCAGAAACCUAAAACUCCAUUCUGCUUCGUCAUCAAUGCCCUGUCUCAGAGAUAUUUUCUUCAAGCCAAUGACCAGAAAGAUCUGAAGGACUGGGUAGAAGCCUUGAAUCAAGCCAGCAAGAUCACUGUUCCCAAGGCUGGGACAGUACCCUUGGCCACAGAAGUUCUCAAAAACCUAACAGCUCCUCCUACCCUAGAGAAGAAGCCGCAGGUGGCCUACAAGACUGAGAUCAUUGGGGGAGUGGUGGUACAAACACCCAUCAGCCAGAAUGGUGGGGAUGGGCAGGAAGGGAGCGAGUCAGGGACUCACGCCUUCCUGCGAAGGUCUCAGAGCUACAUCCCCACGUCAGGCUGCCGUCCUCCCACCGGGCCUCCCCUCAUUAAGAGUGGCUACUGUGUGAAGCAAGGGAACGUGCGGAAGAGUUGGAAACGGCGCUUCUUUGCCCUCGAUGACUUCACCAUCUGCUACUUCAAGUGCGAGCAGGACAGAGAACCUCUGCGCACCAUACCGCUCAAGGAUGUUCUCAAGACCCAUGAGUGUCUGGUCAAGUCUGGGGAUCUCUUAAUGAGGGACAACCUGUUUGAAAUCAUAACCACCUCCAGGACGUUCUACGUACAGGCAGACAGCCCUGAAGACAUGCACAGCUGGAUUGAGGGGAUUGGAGCAGCUGUCCAGGCCCUGAAGUGCCACCCUAGGGAGCCGUCCUUUUCAAGAUCCAUCUCUUUGACUCGACCCGGAAGUUCCGGCCUUACGAGCGGGCCUAACUCCAUCUUGUCGAGGAGGCGGCCGCCAGCGGAAGAGAAAAGGGCUCUCUGUAAGGCCCCCUCCGUGGCCUCCUCCUGGCAACCCUGGACACCUGUCCCCCAGGCCGAGGAAAAGCUGCUGUCAGCAGAGAACACCCCAAAGGACUCUUUAUUCAUGCCUAACCCUGGGGAGAGCACAGCUUCAGGGGUGCUGGCGAGUUCUCGAGUCAGGCACAGGUCGGAGCCCCAGCACCCCAAGGAGAAGCCGUUUCUAUUCAACCUUGAUGACGAAAAUAUACGAACCUCUGAUGUGUGAUCUGCGGUGCCGUUGUGUGCAGGAGAGACGGGGCCUGUGACUCAUUUCCCCCCGCCAUGGUAGAGGACAGAAGCUAAUGGGACUCACAGUAGAGGGGACUGACUAGCUGGCUUUGUUUUUGCUAUCAUUUCCCAUAUUUAAUUGGGAAAAGUCACUAAGUUAGACCCACAAGCAUACUCCAUUACCUCUUAAAUACCCCCACCCUUUCCCCAGGUUUCCUAGUAAGGGGUUGGUUUUUUAUACUUCCUGUCUAGAGAAGGCUAGAGUUCCAAUUUCACCCAGAAGCUUUUUCCUCUUGGAUUUCUUUCAUAGUCUUGGUUUUGCUUCCAGUCUGUGUACAGGAUCUCAGGCUAAGAACUGCUUUCAUCUGCCCCUGUUUAUCGGCUGAAGUCUGGGGAUCAGGCAGACAGUUAGCGUCCGGACAGAAAGGCAUCGGGUGAGACUCAGGUCACACAGUUUGAUUGGGAUCCGUCUGAAAGCUGUUGUUAGAAUCUGGGGAGUGAGAGGUGAAUUUGGGGAUAUCUACCCAGACAGCUCUUUCAGGACACCUCCCAGGGGAGCAGACGGGACCUCUUGUGAGUCAUGACGGCUAAUUAAACUGCUAUAGCCACUUGUGGGAAUCAUGCCGUCCUCUUGAGGCUCCGUGACCCCAAAUGCCACAGACCUGAGUGACAGAACCACCAGUCUAUUUUCAGUGUCAGGCCCCGAGGAUGCCCUCAUCAGGGUUCGAUGUUAAUGAUUGCAGAGACCAGACAGAAGCUUCCCUUGAAACCAAGGUGUGUUUGAUAGUUAAGUGUAGAGUGGCUUUGUGUGUGUGUGUCUGUGUGUGUGUGAGUGAGAGAGAGAGAGAGAGAGAGAGAGAGAGAGAGAGAGAGAGAGAGAGCGCAGUUAACAUCUUUGAUCCAUGUUUUCCAGGCAGGAGAAUGGCUUUUUUUUUUUUUUUUUUUUUUUUUUUUGUCACAGUGAAUCUCGAAUCCCUGUCUCGCAGUUCUUUUAGAAUGGGUGGACUUCUGUGUAAUGCUGAGUGCUUGUAUAUUGUGUGGCCUGCUGACCCAUUUGCUGUUCUAUUGCGUUGCCUGUUCAGCGAAGCCACAACCACACCAAGUGGGGACCCGGCAUCUGAUAAGAGCCAUACACUCACUAGUGAAGAGACUCAAAUGUGAUUUUUUUUUUUUAAAAUAUAUUGUUCAUGGAAUAGAAACUGAGAAUAAAGACAUUGAAUCAGAGGAUGAUUUGCUGGCUAGGAAUUUCCUAGGUUCUAGGAGAGUUUAGAGGAUUAGAUUGCUACCCAAAAUUUAGGGUGUGGCUUUUUCUCCCAAUGGGCAAGAUAUUAUUCCCAGUGCCUUUGGGGGGGGGGGGCAUUUCUAUCAGCCUUCACUCAACUGUGCUACCAGAAAAUCAUGGCCAUUUCCUGCAGGGAGAGAGGACAUGGUUCAUUCCUACCUGUGCAGCUUUUAUCCGCUAGGCAAAUUAACCCUGUUUUUAAUUAGAAAUUUGUAGCUCAAAGAAGAGAUAGGAGGCAUUUUUAUUUAAGCUAGUUAGCACUCUGUGUCCAUAGUUAGUGCAAAAGCAUAAACAGCAUAAAGCUCUACAGGGUGAGAGGAAGCGUGCUCUUUCAAAUGUGACUGUGACCCUGAAUCUGGCGCCACGCUGAAGACUCCUGGGCCCCCUGUGUGGGAGCUGUCCCACACUUUAAGUUUGGCUUUGUGAUCCUGAUGUUAAAAACAAACAAACAAAAACCAAUGGGCUUCUUUCUCUUUCUGUGUGUCUCCCCCCCCCC